ACUUUGCGCUCCACCCAUGAGACAGUUUAGUCUGGCCCCACAGAGGAAAUUCAUCCCCCGUCCGGAGGAGUAGAUAGAGUCCCUCCGCUGCUCCCUCCGCUCAGUCUGCCUCUCCAACGGUAGUCGGCGUGCUGAUCCAGCAGCGCUCUCUCUCAGUGUGAGACCUGGGACAGCGAGAAGAAGGGGAGCGCUUUCACCACCGAACACGGCGGCAGUCCCCCAUGGCACUGUGCAACGGAGAGAGCAAGCUGGAGAUCAGCACCACAGAGCAGAAUGGAUCAUUUGAGGGGGCGGUUGCCAUCCUGGAUGCAGGCGCACAGUACGGGAAGGUGAUUGACAGACGGGUGCGGGAGCUGUGUGUCCGCUCAGAGAUUCUCCCUUUGGAGACCCCAGGCUUUGCAAUCAGAGAACAAGGUUACAGAGCGAUCAUUAUUUCAGGAGGUCCAGCUUCUGUGUAUGCAGAAGAUGCCCCCUGGUUUGACCCAGCCAUAUUCACCAUAGGGAAGCCAGUCCUUGGGAUUUGCUAUGGAAUGCAGAUGAUGAAUAAAGUUUUUGGUGGGACGGUCCACAAAAAGAGUGUAAGGGAGGAUGGCGUGUUCAACAUUGCGCUGGACAACACAUGCUCCCUUUUCAGAGGCCUUCAGAAGGAGGAACUGGUGCUGCUGACCCACGGUGACAGCGUGGAUAAAGUGGCUGAUGGUUUUAAAGUGGUGGCCCAGUCAGGAAACAUCAUUGCUGGGAUUGCCAACGAACAGAAGAAGCUGUACGGGACACAGUUUCACCCUGAGGUUGACCUGACGGAGCGAGGGAUGGAGAUGCUGCGGAACUUCCUGUUUGAGAUCGCGGGUUGUACGAGUAACUUCACCGUGCACAACCGGGAGGAGGUUUGCAUCAAUGAAAUCAGAGAAAAAGUGGGCACGUCGAAAGUUCUGGUGCUACUGAGUGGUGGGGUUGACUCAACAGUUUGCACAGCUCUACUGAACAAAGCUCUGAAUCAGGAGCAGGUGAUUGCUGUUCACAUCGAUAACGGCUUUAUGAGGAAGAGAGAGAGUCAGAGUGUGGAGGAGGCCCUCACCAAGCUUGGUAUUAAACUCAAAGUGGUAAAUGCAGCUCACACUUUUUACAACGGGACAACAACUCUUCCCAUUUCUGAGGAGGACAGGACGCCACGGAAACGCAUCAGCAAGACCUUGAAUAUGACCACCAACCCUGAGGAGAAAAGGAAGAUUAUUGGAGACACGUUUGUUAAAGUGGCUAAUGAAGUUCUUGGAGAAAUGAACCUGAACCCGGAGGAGGUUUUCCUGGCGCAGGGCACGCUGCGGCCGGAUCUCAUUGAGAGUGCCUCUCAUAUUGCCAGUGGAAAGGCAGAGGUCAUCAAAACGCAUCACAAUGACACCGAACUCAUCCGCAAGCUCAGAGAUGAGGGAAAAGUAAUUGAACCUUUGAAAGAUUUCCAUAAAGAUGAAGUAAGAGCACUGGGAAGAGAGUUGGGCCUGCCAGAGGAGAUCGUCUCUCGGCAUCCUUUUCCUGGGCCUGGUUUGUCCAUCAGAGUGAUUUGUGCUGAGGAGCCUUAUAUUUGUAAGGAUUUUGCUGAAACAAACAACAUCCUCAAAAUCGUCACAGAUUUUUCUGCAAGUGUCAAAAAGCCUCAUGCCUUGCUCCAGAGAGUGAAGUCAUGCAUAUCAGAUGAAGAGGAGGAGAAACUCAUGAAGAUCACCAGCCUUCAUUCACUUAAUGCCUUCCUGCUGCCCAUUAAAACUGUUGGUGUCCAGGGAGACUGCCGGUCUUACAGUUAUGUGUGUGGUGUCACAAGUAAAGAAUCUCCCCACUGGGAAUCACUGAUGUUUCUGGCAAGACUCAUCCCUCGAAUGUGCCAUACCAUUAACAGAGUUGUGUAUAUAUUUGGGUCUCACGUGAAGGAGCCGCCAACAGACAUUACCCCGACUUUCCUGACCACCGGUGUUCUGAGCACGCUCAGACAGGCAGACUUUGUAGCUCACGCUAUCCUCAGAGAGUCUGGUUAUUCAGGGAAGAUCAGCCAGAUGCCAGUCAUCCUCACUCCCCUCCAUUUUGACAGAGACCCCCUGCUGAAGCAGCCCUCAUGUCGGCGCUCUGUCGUCGUCCGCACCUUCAUCACCAGCGACUUUAUGACGGGCAUCGCUGCCAUGCCUGGUAACCACAUCCCAGAGGAGGUGGUGCUAAAGAUGGUAAACGAAAUCAAGAAAAUCCCCGGCAUCUCCAGAGUGAUGUAUGACCUGACUUCCAAGCCCCCCGGCACCACAGAGUGGGAGUAGAGCCACAACAUGACUUGAUAUCACAUCCACACGCAGUGCACAAACACUCUCCGCAGAUACGGGGGGGCGGAGAGCCAAUCUCUCUCUCUCUCUCUCUCCAUUUCUCUGUCCUUCCUCCCUCCUCCCCUCUAUCACCUGCUCCUUCUCUUCAACAUUCCCAUGGAAGGCAGACCGUACUGUGACGAAGCCCCUCCGUUCUGCACUCCCCACCACUCCUAACUGGUCUUAAUUUCUGUUUGUUUGGCGGUAUGGAUUAAAUAGUGUCAGUUAUGGUUAAUAUGUUGUCAUUUUUAAUUCAUCUACAUGUCCCGGCUAUUAUACAAAGGUAAAUUGCUGCUUCCUUUUUAUAAGCUUAACCUUUAAAGGCAAGCAGUAAGAGGCUGUGAUGGUUGAGUUUACUCGAUGUUGUGCCUAAAGAUUGAAUAUGGGCUGGAUUAAAUAUAAUAAACAGUGUUGUCAUAAAAGAAAAUGCAGUAGUGGGUUGGAGGGGGUAUGAACUCAGCCUUUGAUUUUAUUUUGUUUUGCUGUUUCUUGUAGUGAAGAAUAUUUUGAGCAUAAAACUAUCCUCUCUAUUUGUACUGGCUCCCCUUCAGCCUCCAUACUGUGUUAAACUUUUGCUGUCUUAAUCGGCAGCCUAGUGACCAAUCACUUUUUAAGCUCUCUGUUUUUUCUUUUUUUAUUGCCAAAAGUAGAAUAUGCUGUGGUGUGAAAUCUGUGGACAAGAGCUGUUGGGUUGUUUGUGCAUCGAUCUCAGACAGCAGUCCACCCAGCGGUCGUUCGGACUGAUGAAUCGUGUGAAGGAGGCGGUUGGUAACAUGUAUGUGCCUGUUCUAGUUUUUUUCUUUCUUUGGUGUGAAACGACAUGAACUCUGUCCAGAGAGGAGGGUUCCGUUCUCCUCAUGCUGCAGUGUGUGUGCUUUUUUUAUGGAAAAGAUUAUAAAGGCAAAAAGGACUAAUAUCAAACCUAUAGGUACAGUAGUAAGAGCUCUUAAACCACAUCGUGUCACUUACUGUUAUUUGAUGGAUUGGCUGCUCCUGCGUUCUGCAGAGGCACAUUUCUUUUGCACUUUUUGUCACCCAUAAACCCUCGGUGCUGCAUCAGCAAAGACAUCACUUUAUCUUAACCCUGUCCUGUAGUGUUAAAGGUCCGUUUGAGGGGAGCUGGUUUCUGCUCCUGCCUCAUUGCAGUCCAUCUCAGAAAGACUUUACCACCCGUUGUAUACAUGUUAACUUUCACAGCGUUCAGUAGAUCAUUUCCAGGUUCCAUUCUCGUCAUUUAGACCUCAGUGAAUACAGCGCUCAGGUUUAACUGAGUUUUUAAAAGCUUGUAGUCUCCUGUUAGAGAUGUUUAACUCGUAUGUGAUUCCUCCAUUUGUUUCUGUGCCUCUCAUCUCUGUUGGUUUUUCCUAACCUUAACUGCUGUUUGUGAUUGUCCUUCUGUUUUGCCUUUUUAAGCGUGUGCUUUAUGUUACUCAAGUCCCCAUUUAAAAAAAACGCUUAAGUGGAUUUUUUUUUCCAAAUCUCAAUAAAAUAAGUUAUGCAAUACUGACUUUGAUUUUGUUCAAGUUUGCUCAGCAAUGUUCAUUUUCCUUAGUAAGGUGCCUCAAACCAAGCCACUGCAUGCAGUUUCAAUUAUGACAUUUGUACAAUGGAAAACUGAGCUUUAAUAAAGAUCUCAAUGUUAAAACUCCUA